UUCAAUUACAAAAAAUUUAUGAAGACAACUUAAAAAAUUUAACAAGUUCAAAUACUACAAUAACAAAAAAAGAUCACCACAAACAACAACAACAGCAUAAAAAUGUGUAGGAAUACGAGUACAUGACAAAAAGUCAUAAAUUUUGGGCAAAAUAGUGAAGAUAAGAUCAUUUUGUUGGAAAACAAAAGACAUCGUCAUAUAAGAACUGAAAAUAGUGUAAACAAAAUCUAAAUAAAGCGUGAAACAAGAAGCAAUUUGCAACAAAGUUGCACAGAAAGGGAAACAAAACUCAACGUAUAAGUAACGUGACAAUUUACGUUCAGCAUACUUUAAAAUACAGACAGACAGACAGCAACGAUCCCACAAGAGAUCAUCUGCCUGAAGUCAGGCAGGCAGGCAAAACAAAACGUUAAAUUGGCUGGGUAUUAAAUGUCAACUUGAAUUAAAGUCCUGCUUUUGAGACCAACGAAAAAUAAACACAAUUGCUUGUGGGAAAAAAAGCUAAAAGAUUUAAGCUAAACAAACCCACAAAAAAAUGUAAUGCACUGUUCCUGAAUCAAAGUCAUACUCUUGCAUACAUUGAAUAACAAGUGUCAAUAAAUUGAUAGCUCACGUGCCACACAAAACAGGCAACGCAACACGACACCACACCACACCACACCACACACAACAACAACAACAUCACAUCCCAGAACAGCCAGCCCAACAACAACAACAAAACUUGUUGCUCCAGUUAAGCAAAAAAGCUACAAAAAACCACAGAACAAUGAAGUACUCAACAGCUGUUGCCCUCAAAGAGAAGGACAAUGAUCAUAAUAACAAUUCUCCAGAGACCGGCGUUUUUGUAACACAUUCUCCUACAAAAACAAGUUCUAAAAAUAACUCCAGCAACAUGUUGUUAAGCCACAACUACACCACCACCACAACAACAACAUUACUCACCAUGUGUCUGGUCUCUCUGCAUUUCACGCAACAAUGUUUAGCUACAUUUGCGGCACCAUCAGCAGCAGCCACAGCAACAUCUGCUAAUAAUUUUGAUGUUUUCAAAUCGCCACCAGCCCCUUAUGAAUGCGGCAGUUUGGAUUUACGCAAUAACUGUGAUGAUUUUAUUAAACUAAGCAAUUGUACGGCUAUAACGGGAUUCCUGGACAUUGCCCAAUUGCCACGCGCCUCUGCCACAUGUGAUUUUAGAGAAUAUCGUUUUGAGAAUUUAAGGGAAAUCACCGAUUUUCUCAUUAUAAAUGAUGUGCGUAAUUUAAGCAGUUUUAAAAAUAUGUUUCCUAAUUUAUCUGUGAUACGUGGUCAGCAAUUGUUUGUGAAUUAUGCUCUGGUCAUGACGUCAGUGCAUGAUUUGGAGAAGAUUGAAUUCAAAUCCUUAAUUGCCAUACAAAGAGGACAUGUUUUAAUUGAUGCUAAUCCAAAACUGUGCUACACCGAAAAGAUCAAUUGGACUCGUUUGACCUUAAGGCCUGGAAAAAACACAAUAUUUUUAGAUAAUAAAGCUAAAUGUCCGUUGGAGGCCAAAUGCAAUGGCUGUAAAAGAGACUCAUGCUGGUCCAAUGAUGUUUGUCAAAAACUUGAAAAUGAUAGUGUCAUCUCACCUAUGCAAGACACAAGUGAGUGCCAUGAAUUAUGUUUGGGCGGUUGUUAUAAUCGCACGGCUCAGGGUUGUGUGGUCUGUAAGGGCUAUACGGAUCAUGGUACUUGUGUGAGGGAAUGCCCCCUGGAUAAAUAUGCCUCCAGACACUAUUUAAGAUGUUAUACACGCGAGGAGUGUGUUAAUAAAAAGAAACAAUUAAUUUUUAGAAAUACUUGUGUGGAUUCCUGUCCCAGUGGUUAUAAAUUGAAUAAUGCCACCAGGGAAUGUGAUUCAUGUGGAGGCAUAAAUAAUUGCUUAAAGGUGUGCCAUGAUGCGGAUUCCAGUGGGGUUCUAUACAUUGCCAACCUAAUGGAUACCGAUAAUAUAAGAGGCUGUCAAAUAUUGAAUGCCACUGUCAUGGUGAAUAUCAAUGAGUUUUUCGAUCAACAGGAAUUGGCAGACAACUUGAGAGAUGUACAGGAAAUUAUAGGACAUUUGAAAAUUAAUAGAUCCCCUUAUCUAACGUCUUUGGAUUUCUUUCAAAAUCUGAAAAAAAUCCAUGGUGAGGUGUUGGAAAACAAUAAUUAUGCUUUAAUCAUUUAUAAUAACAAUAAACUAUCUGAGCUGUGGAAUGUUAAGUCAGGUUUUGAGAUUUUGAAAGGUGGCAUGUAUAUACAUGCUAAUGAUAAGCUGUGUAAUCGUCGUAUACGACAAUUUCGGGAACGUGUCAUACAUGACAACAGUCUCGAUUCAUUUCAGACCAGUGAUCAGGAGGUAUUGUGCUCACCGGCCAAAUUAAAUUUAUAUGUAGAGGUUCUAAAUCAUCGUUCCAUAAAAUUCUAUUGGUCCAAAAACCAAACAUUGGCGGAGGUGGAAAUUAUCUAUAAACCCUUGGCGAAUAAAGAGCAAGUAGUGAACGAGAAAAGUGAACUAGAUACAGAUGUGUGUAAUAGAAUCAAUUGGCGUAGAGAACUGAAAUUCCAGCAUGAACUGCAAGAAAAUUCUACCCAUUAUAUUUAUAUAGUACAAAACUUGGAACCCCACACCAGAUAUGCUGGCCUAGUGAAGACUUUUAAUGGCGAAGACGAUACACAAGAGGCAAGAAGUGAAAUAAAAUAUGCCAUUACCCAAUUCGAUAUACCAACAGCUCCCAAAAUCUCCCUUAAGGCCAAAACCUAUGAUACAUUACAAAUAGAAUUUUCACACGAUGAUGUUACACAGGUAAUAGACUUUUAUAUGUUGGAGGUAUAUGGAAUACCUGAUGAUAAGGAAAUGCUGGAUAGGCGCGACUACUGUGAUGAACCGGUUUUGAACUAUAAAGAUAAUGGUCAAGAAGACUAUGAGGACUGUUGUUCGAGAAGAGAAGAGGAGAGAAAAGAUCACAUGUUUUUAUCUCAAUUGAGGCAAGAGUUUGCCUGCUCUCUGGAUCGUCCACUGUACUGUCAAAAUAAUACUGAGAAAUUCAACAAAACUAAAGAACAUAAACCCGUUUUAACAAAACGUUUUGAAGCUUGGGAAAGCAAUUAUACCAUAAGAUCCUUGGAACGUUUUCAUUUGUAUGUCAUACAAGUGCAAGCCUGUAAUCAUGCGGGUUGCAGUAGCUAUAACUUGCUAACCACUAGGACUAACUAUUCUAUAGCAGCCGAUAAAGUGUAUGACUUUACGGCCUGUAAACUACCCCACUCUAAUGAUUAUAGGAUACAUUUUUCAGAACCUCAGCUACCAAAUGGUUAUAUUACCUCUUAUGCCCUACACUUACGUUACCACAUCCCCACAAGCAGCAGAACAAACAGCACCCUUGAUCACAAUGAUUUGGUGUGCAUAACCCGUUUGGAACAUGAACGCAACAAUUAUCUCUAUGUGUCUCAUUCCAAUUUCACCUUCAACGAGGCCGCCGUGCGUGUUAACUCUUUGGGUCAUCGCACUUUUAUAGGUUGGUUUAAUAUCACCACAUGUCCCACAACUAAAUUGGCGGGAGGCUCAAGCCAUGGCUGGAAUAUUUUCCUUGUAUUCUUUUUAAUUGGAGCAGGUGGUACUGUUUUGUGGGUUUGCUAUAAACGUCGUUAUUGGCGAAAAAUACCUCAACUGCGCCGUUAUUUACCCUUGCAUAUGGGUUGGAGCUAUUUACGACCCGAAUCGCAUACACCGGAGGAUCGUCAGAUUUUAGUGGAUGGUUUCGAAACUGUACGUUUCCAUAAUAGUCCCGAUGAAGAUAAGAAAUAUUUGGUACAUUUGGGUAAAAGAAAUUGAAUGAAUGAA